ACCUCACUGUACACACUUUAUGGGGGCGGUCUCAUGGACCGAUAUUUUCCAACCAAUCAGAAGCGUAACAUCGUAGCAUCGAAAUUUACUAGUCACAGCCACAUCAAUUUCGAUGCUAAGGUGCUACGAUACGACCAAUGUAGAACCGGCCUUACGCGUAUUUACACUUUUAACUUAAGCUUUGUGGAAAAUUUAGGUUAAAAUGUCCAACGAAAGGGAAAUUGCUAAUCGUUUGCUGACGAUAGCAGCUAAUGCAGCUAAUAAAUCAACGCAAGAGGAACAGGACUUUUCGUCCUUGGUGCAGGCUACCCGAAGAAAUUUUAGAAGGAAUCUUACACCUAGUCCACGGAGAGGCAGAAAGAGAAAAACAACUUUCAAGAGGAAAUUAGUUUUGAUGAAAUUAGCACAUGCCGAUUUUUUUCCAACUAAUGCAGAAUUAAAAUAUUUAAAACAGAGAGGAUUAGGUAUGGUUUAUUUAUUGAAUUAUAUUUGAUUUAUAAGAGGUAAUUAUUGUGUUAAGAAAUUUUUUAUCUAUACAGAUUUAUCCGAAGAGCCACUCGAAAUAGCAAGAAGUUCUUCAUUCGACGAAAUAAAGGCAGAUAUCAUUUCAUUUUUUCAACCUCAUAUUCAACAUUUGUUAAGAAUGUGUGGCUUUCAAUUGGGAAAAAUAGAAAGGUCAAAGCAAAUCACUCUCUUAAAAGAUAUCCGAGAUGGAUCAGAUUUGGAAAAUAAAUUAAUACAAAGCAAAAUUGUCAUAUUGCCUCUGAAUGAUUUUCCAAAUGAUCUACCUCUUGUAGAACACGAUUGUUCUUCUCAAGCAUCAACAAGUAAUCCUGUACAAUCCUCAAUUCAUAUACGUCAGGAAGAUAAUGAUCCUGAUUAUUUGGAACCAGGGCAAAUUUCGUUGAAUAACUUUUCAACUGCAUCACAACGCUCAACAAUUACACGUCCGUCAAGAUCAACAACAAUACAAUGUCGAACCAUGGAGAACUAUAAUUUUGAUGAAGAGGAAGAGGAAGAGGAAGAGGAAGAUGGUCAAUUAAGUACCAAAGAGGAAACUGUUAAUGUGGAGAAAUGUAUAGUAUUCCCGUCCCUUCCAGAAGAUGCUGAAGCAAUCAGAAUCGAGAUAUUAAGGAGUCACUGUUUUCAUGAUUUAAUGAAUCUAUACAUGGAUGAAGAAAUAGUUAACAAAAAUUUGCAAGUUACUUUUCUUGGAGAGCUAGGUCUUGAUGGAGGCGGUCUUACCAAGGAAUUGUUUAAUAUUUUUUUUAUUAAAUGUGAGAGUAUAUUUUUUCGAGGCGAAGACUGUUUAGUUCCAUACUUGGAGCUAAGCAAACUAAAUGAAAUAGACAAAUUUGUCAUAAUUGGACGAAUCUUGCAACAUAUGUUACUGUUAACAAAUAAUUUACCGGCAAAAUUAUCAAGAAUCACACUGAUGUUAAUUUCAAAGCCUGAGAAAGAUGUUAAUCCUGACAUUUUAUUACAAGAACUGUUACGUUACGUAAAUCCGUACUUACGAAAGAUUUUAAAAAAAGCUUUGAAAAAUUUUAUGUCUUUAACUGAGAAGGAAAAUGAGACCGUUCAGGACUUUUUUCAAACAAACCGAUUUUUUGCGAGACCAAGUUCCGAGACAUUGUCAGAACAAUUAAGAAUUAUAGCCACAGAAAUUUUUAUAGAGAAAUCUAAAAAACGGAUUUUAAAAAUUCGGGAAGGUGUAUCACCAGCAAAAUAUGCUGAUUUCUGGAAUCAUUGCGACUUUGACGUUCUCUUGGAUAUGCAGACCCCUACUGCUACAAAAAUCGUUAAUUGCUUGGUAACUGAUUGUCAUCUAACAAAUGAAGAAAAUGAUAUAUUACAUUAUUUUACCAUGUACAUUCACUGUCUUGACAAAGAUAAAUUGAAAGGUUUAAUAUUCUUAAUUACUGGGUCUUUCCUUAUGCCAAUGCAUAUUGAUAUAAAAUUCAAUGACACAGUGGGAUUAAGUCAAAGACCCAUGUUUAGUACAUGUACUAAUACGAUAACGUUACCAAAAACAUAUGCAAAUUACGAUGACUUGAAGAAUGACUUGAAUAUGUGUUUAUUCCGAGGAAGUCAUGGAGUAUCGUACUGCAUGACUUCUUCGGUAUACAAACAUAUGCACGCGCAUGUGUGUGCAUAUGUGAGAGAGAUUUCGAAUACUACAAUAUAAUAUUAAUUACUUCAUUAUAAUAUUAAUUACUUCAUACAUAUAC